AUGCGUUCUCACAUACUUCUCUGUUUAGCCGCUGCCGCUUAUCCGCUGCAGGCCGCACCCCUGGCGGAAAGGGACCUAUACCCCCGUCAAGCCACCAACUCCUGGGACCAGGGCGCCGUCCAAAAAUACCCUAUCCAUACUUCGUGCAACGUCACCGAACGGCGCAUGAUUGAGAGAGGCCUCAACGAUGCCAUCGCUUUGGCACAGCACGCGAAAGCCCAUGUUCUGCGAUUUGGCAACAGCUCUACCCUGUACCGCAAGUACUUCGGUGAUGCAGCUACCGGGGUCGUCAUCGGGAACUUUGACCGCAUAGUCAAUGCGGACAAGGCAAAAACUCUAUUUCGCUGUGAUGAUCCUGAUGGCAACUGCAAAAUUCCCACCUAUGGGGGACACUGGCGCGGCUCUAAUGCAACUGGGGAGACCGUCAUUUGCCCCCGGUCCUAUACCACACGUCUGUAUCUCGAAUACUUCUGCACAAGGGGCUAUACCGUUGCCAACUCGCCGCUCAAUACGUACUUUGGGACGGAUCUGCUACACCGUCUAUACCACCUCCCUGCGAUUGGAGAGGGCUAUAUCGACCACUUUUCGAAGUCCUACCAAGGUGUUCUAGACCUCGCCACCACGAACUCAUCUCUGUCUGUUCGUGACAGCGAUGCCCUCCAAUACUUUGCUGCCGACGCCUAUGGCUACGACAUCGCCAUUCCGGGGGUCGGAUGUGCUGGAGCUCCUUCCGCUACUCCGACCUCGAAACCCCCUGCAACAACUACUGCAGCUGUGCCGGCCGGUUGCCAUACACACGAAGGUGGUGUCAUUCACUGCCCUUGA